AUGGCUUCGGAUAUUCACUGGGGUACUUUGAUCAAUUCAGACAAGAGCCCAGCCCCACUGCUUGAACAGCUAUGUCUGGGGAUCGCGCAGUUGAUGUCCUCCUUCGAUUCCAACGGUACUACUGAUAUUACUCCCGAGAGACUCGCUACCUUUUACCGCAAAGUUGGCGGAAAUUACGAUCCUUUAUUCCUGGAAACCAAGGCACAGGCCCUAUCAUUCAUCUACCAGUCACUAGGAUGCUUCCAUAGUCUCCAACCCUCAGCCAAUCCUUAUGAACCCCCAUCGAUUCCCUCGUUACUUCCAAAUGGCUUCGUGCGGUGGCAGACAAUACAACUGUUAAUGGACCCAGAUGAGCACUCGGUGUAUUUGCAAAAUGCGGUCAACCUCUGGGAUAUUGCAGACGCAAAUGGCGAGCUUUUUCCAAAGACGAUUCCUCGGGACGCGUUCCCUUCCGAGCCCGACCCAGAAAUGCUGGAAUGGCAUGAAGGCGUGAGUCGGCGAUUGGAGCGUGACUAUUUAAAAAGACACACGAAACGGGCUUCGCCCCCAGACUUUGGGACAUAUCAUUACCAUUUUAGUGGCAAGGAUCCUCUACCCGACGAAGAUGAUUACUUCUCCCGUCCACGCCGGGCGGCAUCAAAGCGCCACAGCCAUGUGGAACCCGAUCGACCCAGCGAGCCUCGCCAUCACCGCCGACACCACAGCGGAGAAUAUCCCGCCUUUGCUGCACGCAGGCCGGGAACAAAUCGACCAGGCUUCUCAACCCCCAGAGUUUCAUCCCCUCCCCCAUGGGGAGAGCGAGAGCGUCCACCCCGGUCAAGCGGACGAGACCAAGCUGGUCGACACGAUCAUUCAUCAAACCCCGGGACAGGUGAGGCUCCAGGCGUCUCUGAUGUGUCUUCAGAUGAGUCUGCACGCCACAAGGACCGUGCGAAACCAAAUAGGCAAGAGCGACGUCAUCUGUCACCACCUUCCAGCAGUAAUGCCAGACGCCAUUCCCACGAAGCUUACACCCGCAGACCAUUCCGAGAUCUGUCACCCACGAGUCCUACCCGCCAGCGCCGCGGGCAAGAAAGCUAUCCUUCACGAUCUAGUAAAUCUGAACCUUCGCCAAAAGUUCACCCAAGAGAACACCCAAGGGAUCAUCCGAGAGAUCGGGAUCAUCCCAGAGAUUACCCAAAGGAAAAUCCAAAAGACCGUUCUCGAACACGCGCAGCGGGUGUGAAAUUCCACGAAUUUAUAUUUGGCGACGCCCCUGCUCCAGCUGCUCCAGAGCCACCUUUCUACAGAUCAUCAACUCCCCCUCCACCAAGAGCGGUACCGAGACAUCUGGGAUCUUACGCCGCAGAUGACAUGAGAAGGGGAAGCUACAGCGGUGGCAGUACGGGUAAUAGUCGACCUAGUAGCGGGGGAAGCGGGUCUGAGCGGCAGCGAUCGUACAGCAGCGCUGGAUUCCACCCCCGCUCAACUGGAUGGGCGAGCCCGAGGAGUUCCGCUGCAAAGCGAUAUACCCCGGCGACUGUGCCCGAAGAUGACGGCUACGUUCCCUCGCGAAGGGUCCCAAUUUACGAAUAA